AUGGUUUCCACAGUUUUAGUAACCGGAGGCUCUGGCUUUGCCGCAGCACACGUCAUUCGAGCUUUUCUCAACAAGGGUUAUAACGUGAGGGCCACAGUUCGAUCGGAAACCCGUGGAAAGGAAGUUCUUGCUAGCCACCCAGAGCACAGUGCAAAGCUUUCUUACGUGAUUGUACCUGAUAUUGCGGAAAAGGGAGCCUUUAAUGACGCUCUGAAGGGCGUAGAUGGGGUUAUCCACGUUGCAUCUCCUAUGCAGUUGGGUACAACUGAUUUCGAAACUCAAUUGUUCAGGCCUGCCGUAGACGGCACGGUGAACCUUUUGGAGGCCAUUCAAAACAGCGGCGCAAAUAUCAGCCGCGUGGUCAUUACAUCGUCAAUUUCUUCCAUCUUGGAUCCUCUCCAAGGCCAAAGACCCGGAUACGUGUACACAGAGAAAGACUUUAGCCCUGUGACCAAAGAAGCUGCCAUUGAGAGCGGAAAUGCCAUUCUCGCCUAUCUAACUUCCAAGAGUGUUUCAGAAAAGGCUGCCUUCGACUACGUUGAGAAGAACAAGCCUAAAUUCACAAUCUCGGCACUGUGCCCUCCGUUCAUCUAUGGCCCUCUCAUUCACCAUGUAGGAAGCACGAAAGAACUGAAUACCUCCUCCAACGACAUCUAUCGCCUCUUUAACGGAUCAGAACAAGAAGUACCACCCACAGCUUUCUUCUCUUAUGUCGAUGUCCGCGAUCUCGCCGAAGCCCACGUUCAAGCAUUCGAGAAGCCAGCGGCCGCAAACCAGCGGUACCUCAUUGCUGCUUCGGCUUACAGCUACCAGCAGAUUUGCGACAUUAUUCGAGCCAAGUUCCCUGAGCUCAGAGAAACUACGCCAAAGGGAGAGACUGGAGCGCCUAUUCCGCCUUCUUAUCUCGUAGACACUACAAAGGCCAACACAGAUCUCGGUGUCAAGUACCGAUCAUUGGAGGACACCAUUGUGGAUGCUGUCAACAGCCUUCGGAAGAUUGAGAAGGCUUAA